AUCAAGAAGGUGGAGAUCCAAUAGUCUAGAGUCUGCUAUAUAUAGAAGCAGCUGAGCACUUGCACAUUAUAUACAGACAUCUUUCUCUCUCACACACACAUUAUAUACAACAGCCCAACAAUUCAUAGGUGACUUUGAUGGCUUGGUGUGUAUUGCCAUUGAUUAUCAGUCGGUGCUCUCUCUUGCGUCGGACAAUUCCUGCUUGCCAAUUUUCUCAACCCAGAUUUGAUUCCAGGAUAUUCCUUCUCUUCUAUUAGAAUUAGUAUUCGUAUUGAGGAGUAGAGUGGAUAAAACACACAAGUUGUUCAAAAUUAAGUAGGCCAGACCCAUCUGCUGCUUGUUUCAUUGAGAAUUCCUGCAAAAAAAGGAGAAAAAAAAUAUGGGUUUCUGGACACUGUUCGAGGUGGCAUCAAUGCCAAUACUGCAAGUGCUCAUAAUAAGCUUGUUGGGAGCUCUCAUGGCAACUGAAUAUCUCAAUCUCCUACCCGCAGCUACCAUAAGGUCGCUGAACAAGAUUGUGUUCAUUGUGUUUACUCCUGCGCUCAUGUUUGCGAGCUUGGCCAAGACAGUCACCCUUGAAGACAUUAUCUCAUGGUGGUUUAUGCCUGUCAACAUUGGGAUAACCUUUCUUUGUGGAGGAAUACUUGGAUGGAUAGCAGUGAAAUUGCUAAAACCAAAGCCACAUCUAGAGGGCCUCAUCAUUGCCACAUGUUCAGCAGGAAACCUGGGAAACCUUCUCUUAAUCAUUGUCCCAGCCAUCUGCACAGAGGAUGGCAGCCCAUUUGGCGAUCAUAGCGUUUGUGCUUCAGUUGGCCUCUCCUAUGCCUCUUUCUCAAUGGCGCUUGGCGGAUUCUACAUAUGGACUUAUACUUACCAAUUGGUACGGAGUUCAGCUAUGAGAUACAAAGCACUGAAAGCAGUUGAGGAUGUCCCAAAGGAAGCUGAGGAUGUCUCAAAGGAACCCAACAAAGAUUUAGAGGCAGAUGAGAAGUCUUAUCUUCUUGAGGAAGAAGGUCAAGAGAAUGUUGCUAUAGUUGUGGCAUCAACAGAGUCCCCUGAAGACAAUACAGAAAACAAAGCUAUUGUGCUUCAAAAAUCAUCCAGCAAUCUGAAUAAAGAGAAUGUAUCAUUCUGGACAAAAUUAGCAGGAAUUCUCCACCAGUUUUUGGAGGAGCUAUUGGCACCUCCCACCCUUGGAGCAAUUGUAGGAUUUAUCUUUGGGGCAACAACAUGGCUGAGAAACCUUGUGAUUGGUGAUGAUGCACCAUUGAGAGUCAUCCAGGACUCUGUUACUUUACUUGGGGAUGGAACCAUACCAUGCAUCACUCUCAUUCUAGGAGGCAAUCUUACACAAGGCUUAAGGAAGGCAAGAUUAAAUCCUUUUGUCAUCGUUGCCAUCAUUUGUGUGCGGUACGUGAUACUCCCAGUGAUUGGGAUUGGUGUUGUGAAAGCAGCAGGCCAUUUUGGGUUCCUUCCAUCUGAUCCGCUCUACCACUUUGUGUUGAUGAUUCAAUUCACUGUGCCACCUGCAAUGAAUAUAGGUACAAUGACCCAACUGUUUGAUGUUGCCCAAGAGGAGUGUUCAGUCAUCAUGAUGUGGACUUACCUGGUUGCAGCCCUUGCGCUCACUCUAUGGUCAACAGUCUUCAUGUGGAUCUUGUCCUGAAGGCCUUGGCAGAAUCACCGUCCCAUAAAGGUCUUACAUACAGAACAAAGAUGAUAGAGAAAGAAAGCCACACCCAUAUUUAUUUGGAAUUCUCCUACUCCCUCAAUUAUAUUAUUCAUUUGUGUAAUGAGUGUGUUUGUUUAUAGUGAAAAUUUCCCCUUAUUUUUCUCCUUUUGUUUUGAUUUUUCCCAUGUAAUUUAUUGUCUGAUUUCAAGUCUAGUGAACUGAGAGUCGAAAGCUCUAGAGUCUUUGUUAGGACAUUAUAUGUUGUGCUGGCAUAUUUUAAAAUACAAGCAUGUUUUUUAAAAUUUGUCUCAUGUUAUUGGGCCAAUGUUAUAAAACAAAAUGGCAACCAAGUGACUUUUUGAAUUACAGGAUCAAAAAAAGCGGUAAAUGUAAUCCUAAGAAGUGACUCGAGUAAUAAUAAAGAC